CAGUUCUCUAAGAGAGCGACCAUGCUGUUUUCCUGUGUGAUGAUUGUCGUUGUUAGCUUUGGAAUAGUUUACCUGAACUACGACAGUGCCAAAUGGAUCCAACAUGUAACCAGAACUGACCCCAAAGAAAAUACGGACCUGGUUAAUUCCACUUCAAACGUCACAGGAACUAUAGACUUUAUCCCUAGAAAUGCCAACAGUAAAAGUGCUUCAAAAGAUAACACACAUUUAGCUGCCACCGUUCGUAGAGCCACUACUCCGAAGACAUCUACAACUUCGGUGUACAGCAAUCUCACAACACGACCGUACAGUCAAGCGUUCUCAUCCAGAUCUCCUCAGGUGAAAGGUACACAAAGGCUGACUAAAGUCCCAACGCCUGCAAUCAAGACCAUUAAAGAUACGACCACCACAAAACAGACGUCUCUUCCGGAUAAUUCCACAAACAACAAAAAUCCGACGACGAUGCGGGCGACGACGCUGAAGUUUCCUGUCCUAGAAAGAACUCUGCCAACGGUGCACUUCGCCUUCACCGUCGCACCACACAACCACACCCGGGCGCCUAAAAAAAUAAUUCCCCGGCUCAAACCUCACACCGCCACGAAGCUAAUCCUGCCGCCUUCCCUUUCUCAUGCGGAGGUGACGAGCGCGUGGGACGAGCGGUACCUUGUGUAUCUCUGCGACAGCCGGAGCUGGUGUGGUGGUAUGGGGGACAGACAGAGGGCCCUGGUGUCGCUCUACGCCAUAUCACGACUGGUCAAUCGACAGUUUUACCUCAUCAUGUCCAGUCCUUGCGAUCUGAGCAAUUUUUACGUACCGAGAACCUACCGGUGGCUGCCCGACACGGAUGAGCUAGAACCGCCCGGUAAGAACAACACCAUUGCCGCCAGCACUUACAGAGAGAACGAAAAGUUCACCAGAAGUUUGACCGAUGGAGAUUUUAACGUUAACAAUCCCCAGAAAGUUAUCUACGUCAAGACAAACUACGACCUCUUCGGUUUCAUCAGCAGGAAUGCGUUUUACUCGAAACUUCUGGAAAAGUGGAGUGGCCUGCGAGACCCCCGCGAGAGAUUCCACUGGGCCUGGCACGAACUCAUGCAGCCUUCCCCACAACUCAUGUCGAAUUUGGAGCGCGUCUUAGGCAGUAGAUUUUUGGGAAGGAAAGGUCUGAUGUCUCCGUCUCAAGUCAAGGCAUCAGAGAUAAACCCGUUCUAUGACGUUGGGGAUGCGAAACUCAUCUGUGCGCAUGUCCGGAUGGGUCAAAACCCAUCAUUACCCAUGGACAGCCCAUUCACAGCCGUGUACUUAAGUGCGAUACCAAAGCUGCACAAGUUUAUGUUGUCAAAGGACGCGGAAGGCAACGCCAUGUUUUUCGUGGCAACAGACUACAUCAACAUUCGCAUCAGAUCCCACAACACGUUCGGGAAAAGGUUUAUAGAUUAUGGCGCGACAAUUCUGCACAUAGAUCAUCAACGGAGAGGAAGUGGCGUGUGUGAAGGGUUCGGGGAUGCCGCCUUGGAUCAGUUGAUCUUAAGUCUGUGUGACGUACUGGUGGUGUGCAGAAGUGGGUACAGCCUCAGGGCUUAUUUCAUGAGCAACAUCACCGCGCCUGUGUAUAUUAUAGAGAAUGAUGAAAUUAAUCUCUUCGAUGGGAGAUAAGAAUACGGUAAUAGAAUUUAAGGAUACUGUAGAAGCUAUCUUUAUUUUAAAAAUUGUUGUUGUUGUAUUUUACCUCACGCUGAAUACCAUAACUAUGGACCUGGGUUUCUUUCAAAAUUUUGAUUUAAUAAUAAUAAAAAAAAAGAAGAUAAUAUUAAAAUGGCUUGUUUGUCUUGAGCUUAAAUUAUAUUCCAG